AUGUCAUUAAAAAAUGACAAGACCUGCGAUUCUGCUCAUUAUUGUACUACUGAAUGCAAGGAACUUUUAUCAUUAAAUUACAAAUGGGAUAACAAGAGUGUGAGUGAUAUACUUGUGGAAUUUAUAGAGAAAGAUCACAAAUAUAUGAAAUCAGGGUUAGAAAUUACAUAUGUUAUAAAAGUUAUAUAUACCAAUUCUGAGAGUUCUCCAAAUAUGAAUGUAGUAGGUUCAUCUGUUCCACUGGUUUUUGUAAUAAUAAUUAUCCUUAUUCUAUAUAAGAUUAAUAAAGAAUUAAAUUUAAAUAUGUUAUAUAAUAUUUCAAUUUAUAGAACAUAUUAUAUUAUUAAAAAAGGAAUAUUUGAUAUAUACAUAAUAAAAUUAGUCUAUUUCAUUCUUAUCAGUAUACUAAUUAUUUAA